AUGUCUAACAUCACGACGGUGACAGAAUUCCUCCUCCUGGGAUUCUCCGACAUCCAGGAAUGGCAGCUGAUCUACACUGCGCUGUUCCUUCUGGUCUAUCUGGCAGCUCUGAUGGGGAAUCUGAUCAUCUUUGCCGUUACCGCUCUUGACCGGCAGUUCCACACUCCCAUGUACUUCUUCCUCAGGAACCUGUCCAUCCUUGACCUUGGCUACAUUUCUGUCACAGUCCCCAAAUCCAUCCUCAAUGCCCUCACAAAUAUUAACUCCAUCUCUCUGCUGGGCUGCGCUGCCCAGGUAUUCCUCUUGUUAUUAUUUGCUGGAUCAGAGUUGGCCCUGCUCAUGGUGAUGUCUCACGACCGCUACGUCGCCAUCUGCCGCCCCCUGCACUAUGAGAUCACCAUGCCCCAAGGGGCCUGUUUGCUGAGAUUUACGUGUUCCACUGAUCAUGUCCAAGAAGAUAGGGUCUUUUUCACCUGCCUACCCCAUCUGGUCAUCGUCACUCUCUUCGUCACGUCUGGCACUUCUGCCUACCUAAAGCCAAUAUCAGACUCUCCAUCUGCACUGGACCAGCUGGUGUCUGUGUUUUAUGCUCUGGCAGCUCAUGACAACUUCCAGACCAUAUCUAACAUUACGACAGUGACAGAUUUCUUCCUUCUGGGAUUCUCCAACAUCCAGGAGUUGCGGCUUAUCCAGAACAUCUUCACACUGGCCCCUCGGUUUAUGAUGCUGUCAUAA